CUCAGAGGACAGGUAACUGGAUUUUGUUUCCGUUCCAAUGGUCUGUUGUAGCAGAAGGAAUCUGUGGCUGCCUGAGCCUGAGCCUCAACAUCUGGAAGAGUUGGGAGAUACCCUGGGUGCCUGUGAGGAUAAAGGGAUCUGAUACACAUCUUAGGGCAAUGUGUCUGCAUUCUGCAAUCCCUCUAAGAACAGAUGCUGGCUUUGUAGAAUGUCUCUGUAGGAGGUGUGAAAGGAAUUGGGAGUCUCAUCUGCCUGGACACAGAAACUCUGCUGUCUUUCACAUGGCAGGGGAGUGAUGAUGCAGCAGAGGAGCAGAUAGAAGAGGAGCAGAGGACCAUGUCUUCAAAACAUGCUGUCAGCCAGCUGGAGGUGACCAAGAUCCGGGCAAUUAAAGCUGGCACGCUGGAGAAGCUUGUGGAAAACCUUUUGACAUCUUUUGGAGACCACGAUUUUGCCUACACAGACAUCUUCCUCUCAACAUACAAGGCAUUUACAUCCACUAAGAGAGUCCUGGAGCUUCUCCUUGACUGAAAGGAGAACCUGGAGACCCCAACCUUCGAGGAGACAGAGAGCAAGAACUGCUCCGAGCACAAAGCUCUGCCUAGAACGGCUGUAGCAUCAGUGUUAAGUGCCUGGCUCAGUCAGUGCUCCGAGGACUUCCGAGAGCCUCCCAACUACCCUUCUCUCCUGAAGGUUCUGGACUACCUGAACAGGAACCUGCCUGGCUCUGACACAGAGAAGAAGGCCCAGAAACUCUUGGGAAAAUUCCAGAGUGAAGGAACAGAGAACAACUGUGAUGAAUUCCUUAAUACCAGCUGCCAUGUCCUGGAGGUCCAAUAUGAAGAAGAACUACAAUUUUCUUCUUUGCCUGAGGCCCUUGUAGCAGAACAGCUGACCUACAUGGACUCUAAAUUGUUCCAGAAAGUUGUUUCCCAGCAUUGUUUGGGGAGCAUUUGGUCACGCAGGGACAGGGAUGAAAACAAAGAGCUGGUGCUUAGCAUCAGAGCCACCAUCACUCAGUUCAACGCCGUUUGCAAUUGCGUUGUGAGCACCAUCGUGAAGAAUAAGGACCUAAAGACACAUCAGAGAGCCAGGAUCAUGGAGAGAUGGAUCCAUAUUGCCCAUGAGUGUCGUGCGCUGAAGAAUUUUUCUGCCCUGGGGGCUGUUGUUUCGGCACUGCAAUCCUGUGCUGUCUUUUGGCUCAAGAGUUCCCGGGCACGUGUUCCAAAAAAGGCAGUGCUGCUGUUAGAGGAGCUGGCCCAUAUCUUUGCAGACCGUAACAAUUCCUUGGCAGCUAAGGAGCUGGUGGCAAAGGGGACAGGGCAAGUCCUGGUACCUUACCUCGGUGCUUUCCUCACUGAUCUUGUCAUGCUCGACACAGCCCUUCGAGACUGUGGAGGUAAUUUGGGGUGA